AUCGCCUCACACUGCGUGCAGCGGAGAUCAGCGGAGAUCGCCUCACACUGCGUGCAGCGGCGAGCUGGAGAAACAUCCAGCGAGACCAGCGCUGAGCUCCGAGCCUGCAUCUUCAGUGCAUUCAGCAAGAGCGCGCUUUGGCAAAAACUUCUUUGAACAGACAGGACUUUCUUUGUUUGUUUGUUUGUUUGUACGGAAUAAAGGGGGCAAUCACCUCGCGACAGAUAGACGAUCAUGUUCUCCUCCGGGCUCGGUCUCCUGCCGGCCGGGCAGCGGGGGGCGCCCCACAGCAAGCUGUCUGCGUACCCCAACAUCCUGACCCCGGACCGCAUCCCCGAAUUCUUCAUCCCUCCUAAGCUGCUGCUGCUACCCCCACCGACGCCGGGCGCCCCAGAAUCCAGCCGGGGGGGCGCCCCAAACAGACCCUGGAGCCCCGCGGAGCGCGAGCUGAUCCGAUCGGCCCGGCGGCACGUCAUUCAGAUCGAGAGUGCGGACUCUGAGCUGGGGGAGGGAGAGGAGAGGCUGGCAGCUGCUUCUCCAACCCUCCCCGCUGCCCCCCACCUCUCCUUAGCCUGCCUCCCCGAAAGCCCCCACACCAGACGCAGGGAGUCCCUCUUCCACUCCCCGCCCACCCGCAGAAGCCCCGUUGGCGAGUUUACCCCCCAAGUGGCGUCUCCCUCAUCCUUGUACCCUCCUUUCUCCUCCCCCGACAGCGACCCCGCCUCCUCCACAGACUCCUCCCCCUUCAGCUCCCCCCUCCUCCCAGCCCGCUCCCCGCCCCCGCUCUGCCACGCCCGCGGGACCCAGCGCCUGUUCCACCGUACGCUGGGCUCCGAAGAGCUGUCCCGCUGGUCCUUGCCCACGGACUCCGGCAGCUCUUCGGAGGACAGCCCAGUGAGGCGCCGCAGACUCGGCCAAGCCACGCUGGCUCCCCCUCCCCUCUUUCAACUCGAUUUCAUCUGCUGCCAGGAGAGGCUGACCAAGGAGAGCCUCUUGCCCCUGAGGAAGGGCAGGGAGCCGGGGGGAGAGCUGAGGCUGUCGGCCGAGUUCUCCGGGGAGCAGGGCAGGCUGCGGGUCAGGCUGGUCAGCGGGGAAGGGCUCUACCCACCCGGGUUCGAUUCCAGGCUGGUCAGCUGCUGCGUGGUGGUCCAGUUGGACCCCGGGCGGCUGCAGAGGCAGAGGAGCAACGUGGUGAAGCGGAGCAGGGAGCCCAUCUUCAACGAGGAUUUCUUCUUCGAGGGGCUGAGCCGGGGGGAGCUGGACCGGCGCUCGCUCCGGGUCAAGGUGCUGAACAAGGGGGCCGGCGUGAAGAGGGAUGCCCUGCUAGGGGAGGGAGAGGUGGGGCUGGCAUCCAUACUGCACCCCUGAGGGAGG